UCUGAUGAAGCAGCUCUAUAACGUUCUGCCCGGGGUCCUUCUCGCUACACCCUUCCAUGAUGGCAGCCAACAGUAGCAGCACGGGUCUGAAAGCCUCCAACAGCUCCGGAGGGAAACCGACCGGUCCGUCCGCCGAGCAGGUGGUGGCAACAUUUCAGAGGAUGCGUCAGUCGCAGCGCAGUAUGGCCUCUAAAUCUGCAGAGUUGGAGAUGGAGAUCAACGAGCACAGCUUAGUAAUUGACACCCUGAGGGAAGUGGAUCCUUCGAGGAAAUGCUUUCGUCUAGUUGGAGGAGUGUUGGUGGAGAGGACAGUAAAAGAAGUUCUACCAGCCCUGGAAACCAACAAAGAACAGAUCUCCAAAAUAAUGGAGUCCAUCAACACACAGAUGCAGACGAAAGGACGGGAGCUCACAGAGUACAGGGAACGCUACAACAUCCGGUUGGUGGGCGAGGGCGAAGGAGAGGGACAAGGCCAGUCGGCAGCGUCUUCCAGGGACAGCGAAGGAGGCGGGUCUAAAACCGGAGCUGGCGUUUUAGUGUCGUAGUUUGUAAUAAUGGAGAGCGACCGUAGGGCCUUAUGAUUUCUGCAGUACUGAAAAUAUGGUUGGAGUCACGAAAUUUAGGUUUCAAAAUUGAACUUUUCACAGGAUAACUUUUUUUCCCUUUUGGUUAAAUUUCUUCCAGACAUACUGCACUUGGUAUUGAAGUACUUUGCAAAAGACACAAAUUCACUAUACAUAGUGCUCUGCUUACAUAUGUGAAUGCUAGUGCGCAUAACAAAUUAAAGGUGUUUGUCUUUCAGUGAAGCUGACUUUUUUUUAUUUCUUAAAUAUUGUUGUACUUUGAGUACUUGUCUUACACAUGAGCAAAUACAUCACUGUCUCAGAUUACAGAAGAUAUUAUUUUCCCAUGUUAAGAUAUAAUUCCCAAAGGUGCUGGGUUAUUAAAUAAAAACUAGAUCACAGUGCAUUUUUAAGUAAACUCGCUUUUGCAUUUUGUCAACUCAUGAUUUUGGACUAACGACUUAAGAAUUAGGAAAAAUAAAAGCUGAUUUCAUAGGGCCCUAAAGUAGGUUUGCAAAAAGUCACUCAUGCCAAGACAGUACAGGUCCUGGGAGGCAUUUUAACAACAUGUGUUAUGAGCAUGAACAAGAUAUUAUUCUGUAAACAUGUCACCAUAGAUCAAAAUUAAUCUGUCAGCUUUCUCUGUCAAACAUUUUAUCCAUGACUCAUAAAAUUGUCUCCACAAGUAAGCCAUGCACAGAACGGCUGCUGGUUUGUAUUCAUAAUGCGAGGUCAGUUAUUGUUCAGUGGUUACUAAAGCGCACGUUAUGAUCUGACCAGCGAAUGACAAGAAGUCAGUGCCACCACAACCUUAAUUAAUAAACAUUUAAAACAACAAAAGUUGUAAUAUUAUUUCUGAUCUGUAACACAUGUUUGAGCUUGGUUAAAAGUCAUUUGUUAAAUGCAGCCUAGGACCUGAUGUUUGCUGUCUGCACUGUUCAUGUAGUUGUAAAGACAAACAAAGUUUUUGUUAAUGGUCAAGAAUUAAAGAAUGUCACAAUUGUG